AUGCGCAUGGCCCACCUGCUGCCCCCAGGUAGGCAGCUGUUCACCGUGGAGAUCAACCCCGAAUUUGCUGCCAUCACCCAGCAGAUGCUGGACUUUGCCGGACUACAGGACAAGGACGUGUCAACAGUCACUGUUACAGGUCACCAUGCUGCUGGGGCAUCCCAGGACCUCCUCCCUCAGCUGAAGCAGCAGCAUGAUGUGGAAGCCCUGAACAUGGCGUUCCUGGACCACUGGAAGGAGUGCUACCUGCCAGACACACUGCUGCUGGAGGGUGAGGCCAGCCAUGACUGGAACACCACCCAGCAGUGUGGCCUGUUGCAGAAGGGGAUGGUGCUGUUGGCCAACAAUGUCAUCUGCCCGGGAACCCCAGACUUCCUGGCGCACAUGCGUGGAAGCAGCAUGUUCGAGCGCACCCACUACAGUGCCAUGUUGGAACACAUCCAGGUGGUGGAUGAGCUGGAGAAGGCCAUCUGUGUGGGCCCAGAUGGUCCAGCAUGA